CUUUUUUUUUUACUCUGUGUUGUAUUGCUGGGUCUUGUGUUGUGGUAUGGUUGUGGAGUCUCGAACUCGUGCAUCCCUCAUGAAUGAACUCCUCUGCUCUUGUGCUUUAAGAGGAUUAAGAAAUUGUACGGAGUUUUUUUCCGCCGUCUCCCACCCCCCUUCAAAUUUUGUAUGCAUUUUUCUAAACUGUCAUGGCGUUUUGUGUCCUUGGAAAUAAAUGCGGGGGUAAAACCCAGUGUUCGGCAGCUGAUGGCCUGACUGAUGCAGCGACGGUGAAGAGAAACAUGAAGAUACAAAAUAAGGACAAACAGAUGUCUACCAUCCACUUACUAAAGCACACUCCAGCUACAGCAGCCUCUACUGCCACUGACCAAAAUGCACAAACUCCAUUUCCCAGCGGACCUUUAGGCUCCAAGGACCAGAUCAGGGUCCUAGGAGGCGGGCAGAUCAAUCACUGCAUGUCCCACGCCAAGCACCCCAGGAUGGGCGAGGCGGGCACUAGUUCAGGCAGCCUCAGCCCCUGCGCCCCCUCGUCACCCCUCAAUAGCGAGGAGGACGAUGGAGGGGGUGGGCGGCGGGCGAAGAAGAAACGAAAGAAAAAGGACAAAAAGGGCGAGCCUGGUGCCGCCUGGCAGCACAAGGGCUCGGAGAAGGACAACAAACCAAAGAAAAAGAGGCAGCAGAAAGAAGGGAAGGAGCUGCUGCCAUGCAAGUCUAAGGCGCCCAAGAAGUUGGAGGUCAAGGUGAAGGAGGCGAAGUCACCGAAAGAGGCACCAAAAGAGGUGAAGAGAGGGAGGAAACCCAAGGUCCAGGUGCAGGCCCCGCCUCUGGCCAAGCCCCCCGCAGAAUGCAAGAGCGCCCCAGCUCCUCCCAGGCAGAGGGGCCGCAAACCCAGAGAGCAAGUCCUACAAGGGCCGGUACCAGUGGAGAAGAAGAAAAAGGGAAAGAGGAAAAGCGUGGCUGUCCUCCAGGAGGCUGGAGAGAGCGACGACGCGGCCUCCCUGUCCACGCUGGUCGUGGGGGGAGAGGAGAGCAUCGACCCCCUUGACAACACUAAGCGUCGCUCAGGGCGACAGGUGAAGCGCAGAAAGUACAACGAGGACCUGGACUUCAAGGUGGUAGAUGAUGACGGGGAGACCAUCGCCGUGCUGGGGACAGGCCGUAUCCCUGCCCUCAACGCUGCCACUCUCGCCUGGCAGGCUGAGGAGCCCCCUGAAGAUGAGGCAAACAUCAUUGAGAAAAUCCUGUCGGUUCGAACUGCGAAGAAAGAGGCAUCCCCUGAGGAGACACCUGAGGAGUCAGAGGAGUUCUAUGUCAAGUACAGAAAUUUCUCCUACCUGCAUUGUAAAUGGGCAACUUUAGAGGAUUUGGAGAAGGACCCUCGCAUACACCAAAAAAUCAAGCGCUUCAGGACUAAGCAGGCCCAAAUUAAGCACAUAUUUGUUGAGCCUGAUGAAGACCUCUUUAACCCUGACUACAUAGAGGUGGAUCGAGUUCUGGAGGUGGCCAUCACUACAGACACAGAGACAGGAGAGGAGGUGACACACUACCUAGUGAAAUGGUGCUCCCUGUCCUAUGAGGAGGCUACAUGGGAGCUUCAAGAAGACGUGGACCCGGGGAAGAUUCGGGAGUUCGAGGAGAUCAAGAGAAUCCCUGAAUACAAAUUUGUGGAGAGACCGCAGCCAGACAAGUGGCAGAAGCUGGACAAGUCCAAAGACUACCGAAAUGGGAAUCAGCUGAGAGAGUACCAGCUGGAAGGCAUGAACUGGCUGCUCUUCAACUGGUACAACAGGAAGAACUGCAUCCUGGCUGAUGAGAUGGGCCUGGGGAAGACCAUCCAGUCCAUCACCUUCCUCUUCGAGAUGUUUUCCAUGGGCUUGCGGGGGCCCUUCCUCAUCAUCGCCCCCCUCUCCACCAUCACCAAUUGGGAGAGGGAGUUCCGUACCUGGACGGAGAUCAAUGUCAUCGUCUACCACGGCAGCCAGAUCAGCCGCCAGAUGAUCCACCAGUACGAGAUGUACCACAAGGACCAGCAGGGAAACAUAGUGUCGGGCGGGUACAAGUUCCACGGGGUGAUCACCACCUUUGAGAUGAUCAUGGCCGACUGUCCAGAGCUGAAGAAGAUCCACUGGCGCUGCGUGGUCAUCGACGAAGCCCACCGCCUCAAGAACCGCAACUGUAAACUCCUGGAGGGCCUCAAGCUCAUGAACCUGGAACACAAGGUCCUACUGACGGGUACCCCUCUGCAGAACUCGGUGGAGGAGCUCUUCAGUCUUCUCAACUUCCUGGAGCCCCUACAGUUCCCCUCAGAGAGCCUCUUCUUAGAGGAGUUUGGAGAUCUGAAGACUGAGGAACAGGUGAAGAAGCUGCAGGCCAUCCUGAAGCCCAUGAUGCUGCGGCGGCUGAAAGACGACGUGGAGAAGAACCUGGCACCCAAGGAGGAGACCAUCAUUGAGGUGGAGCUCACCAACAUGCAGAAGAAGUACUACCGUGCCAUCCUUGAGAAGAACUUCACCUUCCUGGCCAAGGGGGCCAACCAGCACAACAUGCCCAACCUCAUCAACACCAUGAUGGAGCUGCGCAAGUGCUGCAACCACCCCUACCUGAUCAAAGGUGCGGAGGAGAAGAUCCUGGAUAGCUUCAGGAAAACACACAGCCCCGAUGCCUGGGACUUCAACCUCCAGGCCAUGAUCCAGGCGGCGGGGAAGCUGGUGCUCAUCGACAAACUGCUGCCUAAGCUGAUUGCUGGCGGCCACAAGGUGCUGGUCUUCUCCCAGAUGGUGCGCUGCCUGGAUAUCCUGGAGGACUACCUCAUCCAGAGGAGGUACACCUAUGAGCGCAUCGAUGGCAGAGUGCGGGGGAACCUGCGCCAGGCGGCGAUUGACAGGUUCUGUAAGGUGGACUCGGACCGCUUUGUGUUCCUGCUGUGUACUCGUGCUGGGGGCCUUGGCAUCAACUUGACCGCUGCAGACACAUGCAUCAUCUUCGACUCGGACUGGAACCCCCAGAAUGACCUACAGGCCCAAGCUCGCUGCCACCGCAUCGGCCAGAGUAAAGCAGUGAAGGUGUACAGACUGAUCACUAGGAACUCCUAUGAGAGGGAGAUGUUUGACAAAGCCAGUCUGAAGCUGGGUCUAGACAAGGCCGUGCUGCAGGACAUCAAUCGAAAGGGCAGCCUUAAUGGGAUGCAGCAGAUGACCAAGAUUGAGGUGGAGGACCUGCUGAGGAAGGGGGCAUAUGGAGCGCUGAUGGACGAGGAGGACGAGGGCUCCAAGUUCUGCGAGGAGGACAUCGACCAGAUCCUGCAGCGCCGCACACAAACCAUCACCAUUGAGACAGAGGGCAAGGGCUCCACCUUCGCCAAGGCCAGCUUUGUGUCUUCUGGAAACAGAACUGAUAUUUCCCUGGACGAUCCCAACUUCUGGCAGAAAUGGGCCAAAAUAGCAGAGCUGGAGAUUGAUUCCAAAGCAGAGAAGGAGAGCCUGGUGAUUGACACGCCUCGUGUGAGGAAGCAGACACGCCACUACAACUCGUUCGAGGAUGACGAGCUGAUGGAGUUCUCAGAGCUGGACAGCGACUCCGAAGAGAGGCCCUGUCGCACACGCCGCCUCAGCGAGAGGAGCAGACACUACCUCCGUGCAGAGUGCUUCCGUGUCGAGAAGAACCUGCUCAUAUUCGGCUGGGGUCGCUGGAAGGACAUCCUGACCCACGGGCGCUUCAAGUGGCAACUGGCCGAAUGCGACAUUGAGGUGCUGUGCCGGUCGCUGCUGGUCUACUGCGUGCGCCACUACAAGGGCGAUGACAAGAUCAAGAGCUUUAUCUGGGACCUCAUCACACCCGCCAAGGAUGGCCAUAAACAGGACUUGCAGAACCACUCUGCAGGUCUGUCGGCCCCAGUGCCCAGGGGACGCAAGGGUAAGAAAUUAAAGAACCAGCUGAGUGUGCCCGAGAUGAAGCAUGCAGACUGGCUGGUCAACUGCAACCCAGAGGUGGUGCUGCAUGACGACAGCUACAAGAAACACCUCAAACAGCACUGCAACAAGGUACUUCUGAGGGUGAGGAUGCUGUACUACCUGAAGGUGGAGGUCCUGGGAGAGGCUGCUGCCCAGUUCCUGGAGGGUAUUCCUGCCAGUAAACUGGAGGUGGCACUGCCUGACAUCGACUACAUCGAGAUCCCAGCAGGCUGGUGGGAUGCAGAGGCAGAUAAGUCUCUUCUCAUAGGGGUACACAAACAUGGGUACGAGCGGUACAACGCCAUGCGGGCCGACCCAGAGCUGUGCUUCUUGGAGCGGGUGGGCAUGCCUGAUGUCACAGCGCUCUCAGCCGAGCAGAGUGGAGGAGAGGUGAUGGCUGACCUCACUGACAGUAAUUGCAAAAGUGAUGACGUGAAAGACGAUCCUGAAAGCAAGCAAGAGGAGGGAGGAGUGGAAAGGGUUGAUAAUAAGGAUGAAACCAGCUCCAGCAAUGAUGCAAUGGACAAGCAUGACAUUGUUGUUCAAGACACAGGACACAGGGUCCAGGAGGGCUUUGGCCAGGAAGAGUUUGGCCAGGAGGGCAUGGAGCUGAAGGGUCGCCCUCUGUGGCCCGCCGGCCCUAAUCUUACUGCCAGGCUGCGUCGCCUCAUCACAGCUUACCAGCGCUUCAUGCGGCGCGAGCCCCUGCGUCAUGACUUCUUGCUGCCAGGGGCAAGCCCGGGACCGAUGUCCUGGCAACUGGGGGAGGAGCUUAGGCACUGCACGGCAACAGCUGCCAAACCUGACCCUCUCUUCCUGGAGUGGCAGAGAAGGUGGGUGAUGAUGUCAGAGCAAAGGUGGACACGGCGUGAGCAAGCAGAUUUCUACCGCACCGUGUCGUCGUUCGGCGUGGUGUAUGACCCGGAGAAGAAAACCUUUGACUGGAGUCAGUUCCGCUCCUUCGCCCGGCUGGAAAGGAAAACGGACGAGAGCCUGGAGAGAUACUUCAGCAGCUUUGUGUCCAUGUGCCGCACCGCCUGCAGAUUGCCCCCCAGGAAGGACGAAGGGCCUCUGGACCACAAUCUGUUUGUAGAGCCCAUCACGGAGGAGCGAGCAGCACGCACUCUCUACCGCAUCGAACUGCUGCGCAAGGUCAGAGAGCAGGUGCUGCGCCACCUACUGCUGGGCCCAAGGCUGCAACUGUGUCGGCCCAGCCUUUACCUGCCCGUGUGGUGGGAGUGUGGCAAACACGACCGCGACCUCCUGAUUGGGGCAGCCCGCCACGGCCUUAGCCGCACCGACUACUACAUCCUCAACGACCCGCAACUCUCCUUCCUGGAGGCCCACCGCAACUACGUCCAGAAGGAGAAUCACAAGGGCUACCAUCCUGGGGUGCACCACGCAGGCAUGACCCCCUCACCCCACCACCACCCCUGCUGCCUGUAUGAGACGGGCCUCGGCCAAUGCCACUCUCCCCAGCCGCAGGAGUACCACCACCCAGCCUCCUCCUCCUCGUCGAUCCAUGCCCAUUCUCACCCACACAUCCACGUCCAUGGUCACCCGCCAGAGAUAGUGGGCACGGAUCCCGGGGGCAGCCUAGGUAUGGUGUCUGGGCCCAGGGAGAGCUUCCUGGACUGCCCCCCUCUGGAUGAGUCCUUGGAGUUGGCCUCACUGCAGCAAGAGGGCCUGGCCUCAGAUUCCCUCCAUUGCAAGUCUGCCAAGGAGGCCUUCAACGGGUUCCCCUUCAACUCAGCGCAGGGUGGCCAGAGCAUGCUCAACUCGUAUGGUGUGCAGGGGGAGCUGAAUGGCGAGCAGUCGGCCGAGAUGGACCCUAUCAUCUCGGGCAAGCUGCGCAGCGAUGUGUUGGUGGGGGAGCAGGGCUCCUCUGAGGAGACGGGCCUCAUGGCGCCCUUGCUGGAGCUGGACCAGGAGCUGCAGGCGCCCUGGGAGAGCACGGACCACGCCGGCGCCGCAGACAUUUUCAACGACGCUGACCCUAUCCUGGGGGCGCCCGCCCUUGAGACGGAGUUCCUGGACCCCGAAGAGCAGCCGGGAGAUGGGGGAAGGGAGGACAGAGCAGGGGGAGUGCUUGAUGACUGCCUGGGUAUCCCCCCCUCCCGGAGCGACCCAGGGGAGCCGCUACCCUCCAGUUUUAUGCUGUUCAAGGACAUCGGCGUGAGCGAGGAGGAGCCUGCUCAGGAGCACACCGACCUCUCUGCAAGCUGCCCUUCACCCUACAUCCCCCCUCCGCCCCUGUCACUGUCCCAUAUGACCUUGUACCCCCACCACCAGGGUGAUGCCGAGGAGCCAGAGGAGAAGCUGAGCAACUCGGACGCCGUCGCCCACAUGCCCAGCUCCAAGGAGAGAGAGGCAGAGGAUGAUGUGGCCUUUGAGUUUGACAAAGAGAUGUCUGUGAACAGUCUGUAUCUGGUGGGGCCGGAGCAGGGCCUGGAAGCCUCAGGUAUAUCAUGCGAGGACUCUCACCAAGAGGAGCCCUUCGAGGGUGCCUGCGAUGGGACGGGAAUGGGAUCUCCAGUAGAGUCAUUUGAGGCUGCUCUAGAGGGGCCAAGGGAAGAGACUUUAGAAAGGGACAUGGCCUUAGAGCCAGGGGAGGAGGGGCUUCUAGAGGGGCAGUUUGAAGAACCCUUGGAGAUGUCACCCAUGGAUCCCCAGGAGGAGGAACCAGUGGAGGGGCCUCUGGAAGACUCUUGUAAAGACCCAGCACCAGAACAACCAUUCGCAGGGCCAUUGGAGGAGCAUUACGACGUAGAACCAGAAGGGGCCUCCGAGGGGCCUGCCGAAGCAGAGAGCACUUUCAGCGAACACACACUACCCACUGUUGACGCAACAGACUCUCUGCCCUCGUCCCCCUCAGUCCCCACAUCCCAGCCUGAGCUACAGAUCAAACUGGAGUUCCCUCUAGACCCAGAGAGCUCUGAGAGCAAGUCGGACAUCCUGGAGCCUGACAGCACUGUCCUCACGCCCAAACUGGAGCAGACAAAGGGGCUGCUGGAAGUGAAGGACGAGAUCGAGGAGAGGCCCCAAAAAAGGGGAAAAACUCCAGCCUCCGUGGUGGACAGCUAUGUAGAGGUGGCACGGUUUGCAGCCCCCAUGUCCAUGUGUGAGAUGCCUGACAGUCUGCAGGAUGCGAGGGAGCCUACCAUCGCCCAACUGCUGCAGGAGAAAGCCCUCUACUCCUUCUCUGAGUGGCCAAAGGACCGGGUGAUCAUCAACCGCCUGGACAGUAUAUGUCACGCCAUCUUGAAGGGGAAGUGGCCCUCGUCCAGCCAGCAAUAUGACUCUCCCAGCUCUCUGGCAAACACCUGUGUGCCCAACAGUGUGCACCAGAGGGCUGGCUUCAUCUCAACCAGGGUUCAGCCAUCCCAGAGCCUUAACUUCAACAUCCCAGCCCCUUCUGUUACCCGCCUGCCCAAGUACAAGCAAAGAGGUGCCGGAGAAUGCAGCCCAGGAGGCUGGAGGUUGACAUCCUUGCCUCUCUUGCAGGAGAGGCUGGUGGCGCCGCCCUAUCUGCCCGAACUAAAGCGGGGUAGGCGGUCGUUUGAGUACGAGGGCGUGGUGCUCAGUAAGCAGUGUCACUCAGGGGAGAAGAUUCCCCUAACGGUGCCGCACAGAGGCGGGGCGCUGCUGCUCAACGGCUGGCAGGAGGCGGCCAUGGACCUCUCCAAGGCCGGGGAUCUGGGCAUUGGGGGCGAAGUGGCAGCCACUGUAGGUCACAUGAACCACCAGGUCCAUCCUAGUUCCCACAAACUGCCUGCCAUGGGCGCCAUGCAAAGUGUCAUUCAGAGUGCCAUGCAGGGCUCGGUGGGAGUAGACAUGGCCGGGAUCCUGCAGGCAGGUCUCAUCCACCCUGUCACCGGCCAAAUCGUCAACGGAAACCUGAGGCGCGACGAUGCCUUCAUGCGCCGAAGGAGAGGCAGACGGAGAAACGUGGAGGCAGUCGACAUUGGGUUCGUCAAGAGCAGAGGAAUGCACGUCCCGGAACAACAGGGUAGGGUAGAAGUCAUCAGCCAUUCUGCGGUGUCGUCCACCUCCUCCCCACCGGAGUGCCCCCCGGGACCCUCCACACCCACCCAGCCAGAGGUGGUGGCCAUCGACAGAGAGGCUGCCAACAAGGGCCUAAUGGAAUGGCUGCGGCAAAAUCCUAACUACAACAUGGAACUGCCCACUUUUGCACCGUCUCCUGGCGCAGCGAUGUUGCACAGCUUUGUGGAGCGGCCCAAACAGCGGAGACAUCGCUGCAAAGACCCCACCAAGCUGGACGUCAACUCCCUAACAGGGGAGGAGAGGGUGCCCGUGGUCCACAGAAGCACUGGCCGCAGGCUUGGGGGUGCUAUGGCUCCAGCAAUCAAGGAGCUCUCCCGAUGGCUGGACGCGAAUACUGAGUACUACGUGGCACCCGACUGGGCAGAUGUUGUGAAACACUCCGGCUUUCUUCCCGAGGGAAAGUUCACCCGCAUACUCACAGAGCCCGUGUGCCGCGACCAGGGGCCCCGCCGCCGUGGCCGUCGUCCUCGCAGCGAGAUGCCCAAGCCCCUCCUCUCGGAGUCACCCAUGGGCCCACUCUUCAUGAACGGCAGCCUGAUCGGCAGCAUGGACUUGGUCAGCCUCCAGAACCUCCGCAAUGUCCAGGGCAUCCCACUCACGGGCCUGAUGGGAUUCCCCCAUGGCUUCGCCGUGUCCGCUGGUGAAGAUCCCAAGAACGGACUGAGCAUGCUUCCCAUGAUGCUCCACGGCAUACAUGGCGCCCCCCACAUGUUCAGUGUUCAGGGGCUGAUGGGACAGCCGCCCACCAGCUCCGCUCCCACCUCCUCAGCGGCUGCAGUUACCACCACUACGGCUUCCUCCGCGGCUAGUAGCCCCUCACGAGGCCCCAGCCAGGCGUCUUCAAGCACACAAGCAGAUGGCUCCGGCAUGCAGUCUGACGGAGAGAGAAAGAGGGAGGACAAGCAGUCGACAGAGGAAAAGCAGCAAGGCGCGAUAGGCAGCCACAGCAUCGCAGCCAUCACCACUGCGGCAGUCAGCAGCUGCAGUGGCGUCAGCAGUAGCAGUGGCAGCCACCUGGCCUUCAACCCUUUCCUUGUUCCAGGGUUGUCCCAUGGACUGCUGUACCCUCACAUGUUCCUCCCACACGGGGGCAUCAUGGCGCUGCCAGGCAUGCCACCCACAGAGUCCUCCGGCAGCCCUAAGAGGAAGAAGAAAAGAACAAGGGAGGAAGGGGUGGUGGAGGAGGCAAGCAGCCACAGCCACUUACAGACGGACAGUGGGCCUCCGAAAACACCCAGCGAUGGUCAGACUGGGGAGAGCACGGUUGACCAGGCCGGGCCGGAGGCUAGGGAGCAUCAGAUGGAGGACAACGUUCAGGAGGAGGUCACGGGACACGGCUCCCAUGCUUCUCCAGAAGUCAACCCAGAGAAGAGCAUUGAAGAGGAGAGAGAAACGGAGGGGAAUAGAGUGAUGGAGGAGGAAAAACUACCCAGAGAUGAGAAGGAGAGAGAGUCAAGGGGGGUACAGGAUUCACAAUAGACUUCUCCCUCUUUCUUACCGUGCAAAAGUGUAAAGUUUGUGGUGUGUAAGUUAAUGUUCCUGUAAAGACUUUUAUUAUCCACUUAAUGUUUAUAGAGCUCCUGCCCUGUAGCAAACUUGUGAUUAUGUUAUACUGUAUAUACCCACACAUGCUCCAUUCAAGAACUUCAUGAAAGUGAUGGACACUCCUGCAUGCAAACACACACUUGCAAGCGACGGAAGGGAGGAACUGCUAAUCAGUAUUACAUGGUUGUCACAGAUCAAGCAGCCUUGACGGUCUGCUGCAUCAUGAUCGUGGCACUUUAAAGCUGCAAUAUGUAACUUUUUGGGCAACCUGACCAAAUUCACAUAGAAAUGUGAGUUAUAGAGCUGUCAUUGUCAUUGAAAGCAAGUCUAAGAAGCGGUAGAUCUGUUCUGUGCGCUACUUCUAUGCUCCCUGUUCUUAAGUUUUGUUUUUGCGUAUUUUACUUUGUUUUGUACACCAGCUUCAAACAGCUAGAAAUAAAACAUUUUUGGUUAUUGAAAGUACACUAUCGUUCAAAAGUUUGGGGUCACUUAGAAAUGUCCUUGUUUUUUAAAUAAAAGCACAGUAUUGACAUUGUUAAUGUUGUAAAUGACUGUUGUAGCAAGAAACGGCUGAUUUAAAAAAAAAAUAAUAAUAAUAAUAAUAAUUAUGGAAUAUCUACAUAGGCGUACAGAGGCCCAUUAUCAGCAACCAUCACUCCUGUGUUCCAAUGGCACGUUGUGUUAGCUAAUCCAAGUUUAUCAUUUUAAAAGGCUAAUUGAUCAUUAGAAAACCCUUUUGCAAUUAUGUUAGCACCGCUGAAAACUGUUGUGCUGAUUAAAGAAGUAAUAAAACUGGCCUUUAGACUAGUUGAGUAUCUGGAGCAUUAGCAUUUAUGGGUUUGAUUACAGGCCAGAAACAAAGACCUUUCUUCUGAAACUCGUCAGUCUAUUCUUGUUCUGAGAUAUGAAGGCUAUUCCAUGCGAGAAAUUGCCAAGAUACUGAAGAUCUUGUACAAUGCUGUGUACUACUCCCUUCACAGAACAGCGCAAACUGUCUCUAACCAGAAUAGAAAGAGUGGGAGGGCCCGGUGCAUAACUGAGCAAGAGGACAAGUACAUUAGAGUGUCUAGUUUGAGAAACAGACACCUCACAAGUCCUCAACUGGCAGCUUCAUUAUAUAAUACCCGCAAACACCAGUCUCAACGUCAACAGUGAAGAGGCAACUCCGGGAUGUUGGCCUUCUAGGCAGAGUUGCAAAGAAAAAGCCAUAUCUCAGACUGGCCAAUAAAAAUAAAAGAUUAAGAUGGGCAAAAGAACACAGACACUGGACAGAGGAACUCUGCCUAGAAGGCCAGCAUCCCGGAGUCGCCUCUUCACUGUUGACGUUGAGACUGGUGUUUUGCGGGUAUUAUUAAAUGAAGCUGCCAGUUGAGGACUUGUGAGGCGUCUGUUUCUUAAACUAGACACUCUAAUAUACUUGUCCUCUUGUUCAGUUGUGCACCGGGGCCUCCCACACUAGCCAAGAAUAGACUGACGAGUUUCAGAAGAAAGUUCUUUGUUUCUGGCCAUUUUGAGCCUGUAAUCGAACCCACAAAUGGUGAUGCUCCAGAUACUCAACUAAUCUAAAGAUGGCCAGUUGUAUUGCUUAUUUAACCAGGACAACAGUUUUCAGCUGUGCUAACAUAAUUGCAAAAGGGUUUUCUAAUGAUCAAUUAGCCUUUUAAAAUGAUCAACUUGGAUUAGCUAACACAACGUGCCUUCGGAACACAGGAGUAGUGGUUGCUGAUAAUGGGCCUAUGUAGAUAUUCCAUAAAAAUAAGCCGUUUCCAGCUACAAAUAGUCAUUUACAACAUUAACAAUGUCUACACUGUAUUUCUUAUCAAUUUGAUGUUAUUUUAAUGGACACAUUUUUUUGCUUUUCUUUCAACAACAAGGACAUUUCUAAGUGACCCCAAACUUUUGAACGGUAGUGUAUAUUUUACAGCGGUUUAGAUUGAUCAAUGAUUCUGUACACAAUACAUUGCUUGUUUUGUCACAUAAGUGGAAAUUAGACAAACUAUUAGAAUCUUAGCAAACAGAAAAUGGCGGAGCAAUUUCUGCAUAUUGCACCUUUUUAAGACUCCUGGUAUGUCCUGGUUGCUAAAAGGUGAAUCUGGGGGCCUAUUUGACUGAGAAGGAGGCUGUGUAAAUAUUUUUUCCAACCAAAAUAUGCUGACAGUACUCUUGGGUUCAAAGGCAGCUACAGUAUAGGGCUAGGUUGUGUUCAUUAAGGCACGCAAUGGGAAAACAUUGUAAAACAUUUUGCAAUGGAAAAUGAAAAUUGCGUUUCUUAUCGGACAAGUCCAGGUAUUCCCUCCCUGUAUGUCUGUUUUUUUAAUCUAUUUGUUGCCUAAUGAACAACCCAGAAUGAUGUAGCUGUCCAGGGACUAUUGACCCCCCAGUUUCCUUGGUGUUAACAGGAUUAUAUGAAUAUCCCCCUAAAGUUGUUUCACAUCCAAAAGCCUGAAACUAAUGGCAAUUUUAAUUGAAGGUCCUUCAAAAUGUGUUUAAUAUAAUAAUUAAUUAAUAAUUAUAUAUUUUUAAAAGCAAUGCAUGCAAGGUAACUUGCAGCCCCAAGUUUGAGUUGUAGCACAACUGCUGCAAAUAAGUUAUUAAUAGGACAGCUUUUGUCCAUCCCUAUUUGUUUUAUUGUUGCUGCUUUGUAAAAAAAAAACACAAAAAACACAAAAAAAAAGACAAAUUUAGAGAAAACAAUGUUACUAUACCCAAUCAAGAGAACACAUUGAGUACAACAAAAUAUUAGAUAUAUAUAAAAUUUUCUUUUUAAUUAUUCUUUUUUUUUUUUUUUUUAACAGAAGGCAAAGAACAAUCCUGAGGUUUGAUAAUGUUUUUUUUAAUGUUAUUCUCACACAGUCACUUUGAAGGAUGACCUAUUUCCAGUCUCACUGGGACUAGUCAUGUUAUUAGGCGGGCAAUAGCUUGGGACUUGGUCAGCUGUGCCAGUGCGGGAGCAGUGAAGAGGUGCCAUAGACAAAUCUGUCACAGAGGGCUCUGUUGAGAGCCAGUGCCUCACCGUUGAGGGACAAGCACACAGAGGGUACUCUAGGGGAGAGGGGGGUAUGCUAAAUGAAUCUGUCCAUUGCCAUCUGUCUGUGUUAAGGAAAAGUUUGUAAUUUGAUCAGAUAGAUACUGUGUGUAAAGCAGUCGCAGAGUGCCUCGUUGUUUUAAAGGGUUCGUGGUCUCCUUUUCUUUCCUCAGAUGCAUUUUAAACUCCUGUAGACUAGCUCAUAUUAAUAUUUUUUUUUUUAUGUAAAUCUAUUUAGCUGUAUAUUGCUGUUACUUUUGUUUACAAGCACACCACAUUUUUAGUUUACGACAUAUUGGGGCAAAUAGCUACUAGCUUCAGUACCAGUGUUUUCUUGUAUUUAACAAAAAUUGGUUCUGUGAAAGUUCCCAGAACAUUCGUUAGGUUGCGGCAAAUGUUCUCAUAAGACUAAAUCUGCACAGUUAUGCUGAGGAUUAUACAAUGUUUGUAUAAAACAUUCUCCUGAUGUUGCAUGAAAGUUCCUAGAACGUUGAGUUCUCAUCAUUCCCAGAACGUUGAGUUCUCAUUCAUCCCAAAAACAUUAAAAUAAUGUUUUUGGGAUGUUAUCAUCCUAAUAAUAGAUAAAACCCUAACUAGAACUUAAUGGGAAUCUUUGCUAAUGUUCUGGAAAUCUUCCCGGUUUGCUGGGUAUACUGUACUGUACUACACUAAAUGGAUGCAAAAGCAGAUUUUAAUCUAAAUUUCAUAACAGGGUCUGUUUUUUUUAUGGGGGGGGGUUAUGUUUAAGACUUCGCUUCUAAGCGUAACAACUUCUGACUUCACAUUUUGUUUGUUUUCCAAUAUGAAAACAAUUUUUUUGCACAGUGUCCUUUUAGUGAAUGUUUACCUGUAUUCUGUCUAUUAAUCUUUUAUUUGUGCGCGUGUGUGCGUGGAUGUGCACACUUAUACAACCUGGCCCGUGGGGGACAUUUCGUUGUUGAGCUGUAUUUCUAGCUCGUGUUGCUUUAGCGUCACCUUUCUUUGUCGAACUACAUUAUUUUUGCCUUGUCACAACUUUACUAUAUAAUUUAUUUGUUUUGCUUUGCCAAACUUUCACCAAAUAUGACACUUUUUCUUUUUUAAACUUUGUUGAUUAUAUUAAAAGUAAAAUGCCUUAUUUAGCUAGUGUUUUAUAUAUAGAUGUUUUGUUACAUCUCCAUAUUGGAAAUUAUAUAUAGCAAAGUAUUUUGUUUGUUUUAAAAUGCCCCUUCAAUUGUAUGCAUACAUGCAAAACCAGGAUUUGGACUUACUGUGGCAUCAGUCAGUGCAUUGUUAUGAGAUAAUCUUCCAAUGUUGUUUUCAUGGUCCAAUUCAUACUCCAAAAAGUUACUCAAUCAAUCUUAAAAAGCACAAUAUGGAGAACAACAAAUUACUUUUCUCAUCAGUGCCUCUGGGGUUUGAUAUUUUCCUCAUUUGUCAAACUUCCGCUGAUUACAUGUAUGUACAAUGCAUAUGGAAAGUAAUCAGACCGCUUCCUUUUUCCACAUUUUGUUACAUUACAGCCUAUUUCUAAAAUUGAUUAAAUGUAUUUUUUUCGUCAUCAAUCUACACAUAAUGAAUGCCCAAAAAUGACAAAGCAACAACAGGUGCAUCCUGUUUCCAUUGAUCAUCCUUGAGAUGUGUUAUGCUGAUGAAUGAGGACCCAAAAGCGACUUAACAAAAACAGAGUCUUUAUUCCAGUCUAAAACAAAACGGUACUCCAGGAUAUAUCUUAGAUGACACCUGCUCACACGCAGCAUCUGAUGAAGGCAAAAACACGACAGGGCGGAACCAGGACACAGAACAGCAAACAUCAAACAAGAAUCCGACAAAGACAGAAGCAGAAAACAGAGGGAGAAAUAGGGACUCAAAUCAGAGGGCAAAAUAGGGGACAGGUGUGAAAGAGUAAAUGAGGUCGUUAGGAGAAAGAGAAACAGCUGGGAGCAGGAACGGAACGAUAGAGAGAGAGAGCGGGGGAGGGAGAGAGGGAGGAGGAGAGAGGGAAUAGAAAGAGGGAAAGAACCUAAUAAGACCAGCAGAGGGAAGCACAGGGACAAGACAUGAAGAUCAAAGACAAAACAUGACAAGAUGUUUCUGUAACUUGAUUGGAGUCCGCCUGUGGUAAAUUCAAUUGAUUGGACAUGAUUUGGAAAGGCGGAAACACCUGUCUAUAUAAAGGUUGCACAGUUGACAGUGCAUGUCAGAGCAAAAACCAAGCCAUGAGGUAGAAGGAAUUGUCCGUAGAGCUCCGAGACAGGAUUGUGUCGAGGCACAGAUCUGGGGAAGGGUACCAGAAAAUGUCUGCAGCAUUGAAGGUCCCCAAGAACACAGUGGCCUCUAUCAUUCUUAAAUGGAGAGAUGGCAAACUGAGCAAUCGGGGGAGAAGGUCCUUGGUAAGGGAGGUGGCCAAGAACCCGAUGAUCACUCUGACAGAGGUCCUCUGUGGAGAUGGGAGAACCUACCAGAAGGACAACCAUCUCUGCAGGACUCCACCAAUCAGGCCUUCAUGGUAGAGUGGCCAAAUGGAAACCACUCCUCAGUAAAAGGCAUAUGACAGCCCGCUUGGAAUUUGUCAAAAGGCACCUAAAGGACUCUCAGACCAUGAGGAACAAGAUUCUCUGGUCUAAUGAAACCAAGAUGUAACUCUUUGGCCUGAAUGCCAAGCGUCACGUCUGGAGGAAACCUGGCACCAUCCCUACGGUGAAGCAUGGUGAUUGCAGCAUCAUGUUGUGGGGAUUUUUUUCAGCAGCAGGGACAGAGACUGGUCAGGAUCGAGGGAAAGAUGGACGGAGAAAAGUAGAGCGAUAUCCUUGAUGAAAACCUGCUCCAGAGCGCUCAGGACCUCAGAGUGGGCGAAGGUUCACCUUCCAACAGGACAACAAACCUAAGCACACAGCCAAGACAAUGCAGGAGUGGCUUCAGGAUAAGUCUUUGUGGCCCAGCCAGAGCCCAGACUUGAACCCAAUCUAACAUCUCUGGAGAGACCUGAAAAUAUCUGCAGCGACUCUCCCGAUCCAACCUGACAGCGCUUGAGAGGAUCUGCAGAGAAGAAUGGGAGAAACUCCCCAAAUACAGGUGUGCCAAGCUUGUAGCAUCAUACCAAAUAAGACUUUAGGCUGUAAUCGCUGCCAAAGGUGCUCCAACAAAGUACUGAGUAAAGGGUCUGAAUACUUAUGUAAAUAUGAUUUUUCUGUUUUUUUUAUUAUAAAUGUGCAAACUUUUCUAAAAACCUGUUUUUGCUUUGUCAUUAUGGGGUAAUGUGUGUAAAUUGAUGAGGGGGAAAAAACAAUUGAAUCAAUUUUUGAAUAAGGCUGUAACGUAACAAAAUGUGGAAAAACUCAGGCCUGAAUACUUUACGAAUGCUCUGUAUAUCUAGGCCGAAGUCACUAAUGCAUAAACAUCCCUGAACGUAUUCAAAUCUCAUUUCAUGUAAUCCAUGUGAAGGAUACCUUGCAAUUCCUGAUUGAUCAUGUCUGAUGAGUGUCCCCUUAUUUCACUCAAACGACAAGCUUUUCACAUGCUUAUAUUCACAUAAGAGGCCUUCAGUUUUCGUAAGGAGGUCAGGGGUGCACAGUAUUUAUACAACUGAAGUGGAUGUGACAUUAACCUAUGAUCAUCCAAUUGUAGACAUAUUCAGCAUGCUGGAUCCAAUAUUCCACUAACAUUUUCUGAGCAAUGUGUCUUCAGAUAGACAAGCAAACUGUUUUGGGGAAACGAAUAAUAUCCAACUCAUUAGUUUAAUUGAUCAAUCUUAAAAUCUCACCAGCCCACACCUAUUUCCUAUUACUUUGUUUGUAUGUGAAAACUUGGAAAAACAACUAAUUGGUGCAGUUGAAGGUCAAUUAAUAUUUAUUCAGUCUUCAUGUCAUGAAAAUGUUUUUACUGUGUGUUUUCUUUUCAGUUAGUCUUUGGUAAUUUAUAGUAAAGUCAGAUUGAUUUCAAGCAUGUAUCUCAUAUGUAUUUAUUGUACAAGUCUUAUCUAAGCAUUUUCAUGUUUAUGCCUGGUUUGUAACGUCAAAGGGUUCAGAGGGACAACAGUCCCGCUUCUAAGGCUUGCUGGCUCUUUUCAAAUUGUAGAAUGUGUAUUGUAUCUUUUUGCCAUCACCUGCGGCAAGAAUAGUUGAAAAAACAAAUGACAACUUCAUUUCCUGAAAAAAGUGUAAUGCACUUAACGUGCCAUAGAUUGUGGGUCAUUGGGAUAGGUCAGUUGUAUCCGUGUGAACUUUGGGCUGAAUUGUACUAUAACCUAUUUCUGCUGUCAGGUCAGACACUAGGUGUCAGACCCUAUACAUAAGUUCUGUAAAGUAUUUGCACGUCAGGGGAAAUAUACAGGCUCUGGCUUGCCAAUACCAUGCUGUGUGUGUUGUGAUUGCAUGCCUGGACAUGCUGGUUAUAUAGGCCCUGACAAUUGCCACAAUCCAAGUUACAGAGAUGGCAGACCACUCUGACUGUGUGUGUAUGCAUGCACGCUUCAAGGUUCUGUUCAACAGCUGCUUGAAUAAGGACCGUUGACAGAUUAGGACAUUCAUUUUCGGCUCAUGCAGUCAAAGCCAGUGUUCACUAAAUGGGUGUACUGAAGCUCUAGCAACAUUGUGGGAAUAUCAUGCUACAAAACAAAAGUACUGUCUGACAUCGGCAACAUUCACAGUUGUGGAUUACAUUUUUUUGUUGAACUAGGUCCAAUAUCCCCAUGUGGACCAAUCACUUAACUCAAGACAUGGUAUGUGAUAUUUUAUUGUGCAAUAAAAGAUGACUUUCAACUA